GAAGGAGGAAUCAGCAAAGAAAUACAAAUGUCAAAAGUGUGCUCGAUCCUAUAAACGGAAAGAAAGUUUGAGUCGUCAUAAAAAAUUCGAAUGCGACGUCAUUCCACAAUAAAUCAAAUAGUAAUUGGAAGAAAAUAAUAAUAAAAUCAACAAAGGAAUAUCAACCAUAUUUUUUAAAACAACUGAGGAAAGCUAGCAAUGACGAAUCCUUAAAAGUCAAGGAAGAAAUUGUCAAAGAUUAUGGAAAUUUAUCGAAUAGAUACUUUAAACCAAUCAAUAAUCGGAAAUACCAAUCGAACGUGUUCACAAUACAUCAAGCUAAAAGAAUGGCGAAAAUUCAAGAAACGAAGAUGGAAUCUGAAAGGAAAUACAAAUGUGACAAAUAAAUCAAAGUGUGCUUCGAUGGAAACAAAAAUAAAAUCAACGAGGGAAUAUCAACCAUACAUUUUAAAACAGCAUAGGGAUGCCUUUAAGGAACUGCCUAGACAUAAUGAAAUGGUCUUCACCUGCGAAAUUCAAUAUAGUAAUAACGAAUCCUUGGAAAUCAAGGAGGAAAUUAUCGAAGUUUCAGAUUAUGAAAAUACGAAUUAUCAAUCAGGCGUCUGUACAAUACAUCAUGCAGAAAGAAACCCGAAGAUUCAAGAAUCAAAUAUGAAAUCAGAAAAGAAAUACAAAUGCGAAAAAUGUGCGCGAAGCUAUAAAAAGAAAAAUGGUUUGAAUCGUCAUAAAAAAUUUGAAUGCGAUGUCAUUCCACAGUUCGGAUGUAUAUUCUGUGGCAAACGAUUUAAGCGGAAAAAUCAGAUGAAUACACACGUGCGUCUUGUUCAUCUUAAAUCAAACGCGCAGCAAUCUAAAUCACGGUAUAAUUGCGACAAAUGUUCGCGAAGUUACACUUGGCUAAAUGCUUUAAAUCGACAUAAAAACUCAGAACAUGGAAGAAUCAAGCCGCAAUUUAUUUGUGACUAUUGUGGCUACAAAACGACCCAAAAAUUUGGCUUGUCAAUUCAUGUUUCUAAGUACCAUCUCCAUUAAUUUAGUACGCUAAACUUUAAAACUUACGAAAUUUCUGUUGAAAAAAAAUCUUUUCUGUAAUACGUUAAGUUCCUGUUUAAAGUAUGUAGAAUUUGUUCAUAUACGUUUUAUUUAUUUCGAAAAAAGCUAGGUUUGAGAAGGGAUAAUUAGGUAAACAUUUUUUUUUAUUUACUAGCAAGUGUUACUACUUAUAAGUAUAAAAUUAAAAAAGGGCAC